AUGGGCGAAUUCAAACCAUUCUGGGAGCAGCCCAGCCACCCAGAUAAGAUCGAAGUCGUCAAGGGCAACAAGCCAUACAAAUCGUCUGCAUACUCAAAGAUCUUCCUGCCCGCUGGCGCUCUUUUCACCAAGAUUGCCGCCGCCACUUUCGUUGACCAUGAUACCUACACAACGCUAAACUCCGACUUGGUCUACUGCAACCAUUCUUGCAAUCCAAGUCUUGUUUUCGACAUGACUCGCUUCGAGGUUCGCGUUUCAGAGGACCGCCCUCUUUCCGUGGGCGAUGAGUUAACCCAUUUUCAAUGUGAAUGCAACGCCGGGCCGGGCAGAUGCCUUGGGUUGAUUGCAGGAGCGGGCAGUAUUGAACCCUCGACCCUGAAGAGAUUCUGGUUGAACAAACAUAUCCAUGAACUACUUGAUGACAAAAGAAGGAUGAUGAUUGAUAAAUUGCCGCAAUUUGGUGAAAAGGAACUUUCGCCUACACCGGAUAGAGCUGAUAUUACACCCUAG